CAACUCCCUCCGCUCUCUCCCCCGCAUCUUAAAACAACCAAACAACACUACUCAAACUCUUUCACAAUUCCCUUCCUAAAUCUCCAAAUUUCAACUUUUACUCCCUGCUAGUUACUCGUCUCAGCUCAACUCGGUCCGUCGGUCGGUGAGCCGGACUUAUCUGGAUCUGGCCGGAAUAUUUGUCUUCCCGCCAACAUAUUGAUUUUCCCACUUCUCUCACAGGAGAGGUGAAGUCAGGACUUAUUCAGCUGCUGCUGCAGUAAGAAUUGAAAAAGAACAAGUGCAUUUGUUCAGUGAGUUUCUUUAGAGCUGAAAUACUAAGCAGUUGACUCAUGAAGAACGGUAUGGCAGAAUGCGCUGUCUGUCAUUCCAAGCUGGUUUCUCCAACUGUAAAAACCAUUUCAAGGGCAUAUGAUCGACACAGAAGCAAGAUUUCAUCAAAGCAACGUGCUCUCAAUGUCCUAUUGGUUGUAGGAGAUUGUAUGCUGGUUGGUUUACAGCCUGUUUUAGUAUUUAUGUCGAAAGUGGAUGGAAAAUUCAAGUUUAGUCCCGUAAGUGUCAACUUCUUGACAGAGGCGACAAAAGUCGUCUUUGCAAUAAUAAUGCUUUUAAUCCAGGCCAGGCAUCAAAAGGUUGGAGAAAAACCACUUCUUUCAAUAUCCACAUUUGUACAGGCUGCACGAAACAAUGUGCUUCUUGCUGUACCAGCACUACUCUAUGCCAUAAAUAACUACCUAAAGUUCAUCAUGCAGUUAUAUUUCAACCCAGCAACAGUGAAGAUGCUAAGCAAUCUGAAGGUUUUGGUUAUUGCAGUGCUAUUGAAAUUUAUCAUGAAACGGCGAUUUUCUGUAAUUCAGUGGGAGGCUCUUGCUUUGUUGCUAAUUGGGAUAAGCAUUAAUCAACUUCGAUCCCUUCCUGAAGACACUACUUCUUUGGCUCUUCCAGUUACCACAAUUGCAUACAUCUAUACACUGAUUUUUGUAACUGUGCCUUCUAUGGCCUCAGUAUUCAAUGAGUAUGCUUUGAAGAGUCAAUAUGACACUAGCAUAUAUCUCCAGAACUUAUUUCUAUAUGGAUAUGGUGCUAUAUUCAACUUUCUAGCCAUUCUUGGGAUUGCUGUAUUUAAAGGUCCUGGUAGCUUGGAUAUUUUUCAGGGUCAUUCGAAGGCAACCAUGCUUCUAAUUGUUAACAAUGCAGCACAAGGAAUUCUGUCGUCCUUUUUUUUCAAAUAUGCUGAUACGAUUCUGAAGAAGUAUUCUUCGACCGUUGCAACAAUAUUUACAGGCAUAGCAUCUGCUUUGUUGUUUGGUCAUACACUGACCGUAAACUUUCUUCUUGGGAUUUCUGUUGUUUUCAUCUCAAUGCAUCAGUUCUUUUCACCUCUUUCAAAAGUUAAAGAUGACCAACAAAACGGGACAGCGGAGCUGAUUGAUGUCCGGGAGAACCAUAGCCCUAAAGAUUCAUCCUUCGUAAAUAUGGCAGCAGGAGCAAAUGAGGAGGCAAGUCAUCGAGUAGGACCUGAUGAAAGACUGCCACUUCUUCCAAGAUGAAGCUACGUGAACUGUCAUUUGUAGCACAUUUUGUGGUGAGCAUUUACAGGAAGUGUAGAAUACAAGGUCAUUCAGUGUAAUAUCGAGAACAAAUAAAAGAAGAAACAGUGUUGUUGUCUGUCUCUCUUUUCUUCUCUCCAAAAUGUGGUCAAUCCCUCUGCUUCAUGGGAUUGUUUCGCCUGGAGAGAAGGAUAUGUGGAUGGAGAAGUUUUAGGUAGACAGACAACAGCAGUAUAGUUGUCAUGCAAUACAAAUUCGAGCUUACCUAUGUUGUAUAAGUUACAAAAAGACUUGUAGUGUUUGUUACACAUACAUGAUUUUCUUGUAAACAGUUUACAGUUAUCAAUUCUUUCAUAUAUUCUUGUAAUCAAUUCGAAUUUUGAUGAUAGACCAGUGUUGAUGUUUAUUUACAAGGAUGUGUUAAAUAUUCACGAUUGA